AUGUCAAAUAAAUUACCGCCAAUGCCAACCCUACAAGAGAUUAUUAGAACUUUUGGGUUAAGUGCAAAACAACAAUUAUCACAAAAUUUUUUAAUAGAUAAAAAUAUAACAGAUAAAAUUUGUAAAACAUCGGGUGGGUUUAAAGAUUGUACAGUUAUAGAGGUAGGUGCAGGUCCAGGUGGUUUAACAAGGUCAUUAUUAACAAGCGAAGCUAAAAAAGUCAUCGCAGUGGAAAUGGAUCCACGUUUUUAUCCAGCAUUAAAAAUGUUAGAAGAUGCAAGCGAAGGAAGAAUGAAAUUAAUUAUGGCAAAUAUGUUAGAAGUAGACGAAGCAAAAAUUUUAUUUGAAAAUGGAGCAGAGUUCGCACCAUGGGAAGAGAAAUCUAAAGUUAAAAUCAUUGGUAACUUACCAUUUAAUGUUGGUACACAUUUAAUGCUAAAAUGGAUACGUCAAAUUUCACCUCGUGAAGGUCUAUAUAGUUUUGGUCGUGUGCCAAUUGGAACAGCCGAUUACUCUCGUUUAUCGGUAAUGGUUCAACAAUCAGCUAUACCAAGAAUUACAUAUCAAUUACCAGGUAAAGCAUUUGUUCCACCACCCAAAGUUGAUGCUGCCGUUGUUGAAAUUGAACCAAGAAUUAAUCCACUUGGUAAAGAACCCCUAAAGAAUCAUCAAUACUUUGAGUUUGUAUGCAGAGAAUUAUUUGCGCAUAGAAGAAAGACUGUAUCGAAUGUUAUAAAAAAUUUAGGUAAUGGUGCUGAUGCUUUAUUAGAAGGUAUUAUAGAUCCAAAAACAAGACCUCAAAAUAUUAGUGUAGAUCAGUUUGUAGAUUUAACAAACCGUUACUGUGACUUCCCAAACAAGAAAGAAAUUGAUAUAUUUGAAUUUUUAAAUGAAGGUAAAUCACUAAGAAAAGAAAAGAAAUUAGAGGAAAAAGCAACAGAAUUAAAAGACAGAAUUGAAAGAACUAAAAAGAGACAAGAAUUUAGAUUACAAAAAAUUAAUGAAAGAAAAGAAAAAAUUGAAUUAUUAAAACAACAACAACAAUUAGAAGAACAAUUAAAAGAACAAGACAAACAAGAAGAGGAAGAAGAAAGAGAUGAAAAUGAUAUUAUUUCUAAAGAAAAUGCCAAACCACCAAAAGAAAAGAAACCAAGAUUAACCCAAGAAGAAAUUGAUUUAGAGGAUUUACAAAUAGAAGAAGAAAUUGAUAAAGAUAUUAAACAAAAAGAUAUUAGAGAUUUAGACAACUAUCAAGAACAAUUAGAAGAACUUUUACAUAAAAAAGAAAAGAAUGAAUCAUCAAAACAAAUGAAAAAAGAACAUUUAGAUAUUAUCGAUCAAUAUGGCAAUGUUGUGUUACAUGGAAAGAAUAAAGAAUUUAAUGACACAAAAAACAUAAAAGAAGAUUUUGAUAAUAUCGACGAAGAUGAAGAUUACGAAAAUUUCUUAAAUGAACAAUUAAAAAAAUAA